CAUUCAGUUCCAUCCUUGUGGAGGUUCCAAUCCCCCUAGCCUCAUCAACAAAAGGGGGUUUUCGUUCUAACGGUCCUAGCGUUGUCUGCGUCGCGUGAGUACGAUCCGUGACGAAUCAAGCCUCGUGAAUCUCUAGGGCCGAAUCCUGGAGUGUUUCUCUCACAUCGUACAUCCUAUCACGCACCACAUCAGGCUCCGCCAUGGCUGACGCCAAGCCGCAGACCCUCCGCGCGUGGCUGCACUCCGCCGUCGAGUCGCGCGGCGAUGCGACGGCCAUCGUCGUGACGCAGGGAGGCCCCACCGUGACGCACGCCGGGCUCGAGGCGGCGGUGGAUGCAGUGGCGGCGCAGCUGCGGGCGCUGGGCGUGAAACCCGGCGACCUCGUGUCGCUCGCGUUCCCUAACUCGCUCGAGUUUGUGGUUCUCUUCCUGGCGGUGACCCGAGUCCGCGCCACAGCCGCCCCACUAAACGCAGCGUACACGGAGGAGGAGUUCAAGUUCUAUAUGGAGGAUGCCCAGGCGCGCCUGCUGCUGCUGCCCGAGGGCGGUACUCCCAAGGCCCAAGCUGCAGCUGCCGCCCUGGGAGUGCCGGUGGCGCAUGCUGGGAGCUACGGGGGCGAGGCGGGAGUGCCCCUGCGCCCAUCACCCGGCGUCUCCAGGCUCCCAGACGUGGACAUUCCCAAUGGACCCGGCCCCGGGCGCACGCCAGACCCCGCUGACGUGGCACUCUUCCUGCACACGUCAGGCACGACCAGCCGCCCCAAGGGCGUGCCGCUGACACACGCCAACCUGUCAGCAUCCAUCGGAAACAUCAUCGCCACGUACGACCUCACCCCUGUGGACCGCUCCUACCUCGUCAUGCCACUCUUUCACGUGCAUGGACUCAUGGCGGCUCUACUCGCCUCUCUCUCCGCUGGAGGCUCCGUCGUUCUCCCCGCCUCUGGGAGGUUUUCUGCGUCGAUUUUCUGGGACGAGGUGGUGCAGAGCGGUGCCACGUGGUACACCGCGGUGCCGACCAUGCACCAGAUCCUUCUCUCCCGCCACCGCUCCCAUGGGCCCCCCGCCCCUCCGGAUGCCUCCUCUGCCGGCGCCUAUCCCCCCCUGCGCUUCAUCCGCAGCUGUAGCGCCAGCCUGGCAGCAUCGGUCCUCUCAGAAAUGGAAUCCGUCUUCGGCGCUCCCGUGCUCGAAGCGUACGCUAUGACCGAAGCCAGCCACCAAAUGACUGCCAACCCGCUCCCUGCCAAGGGCUCCCAUAAGGCCGGGUCCGUGGGGCUGCCCACUGGGAUUGAGCUGGCGAUUUUGGACGAGCAGGGGAGGGAGCUCGGGGCAGGAGAGCGUGGGGAGGUGUGCAUCCGGGGGGCGAACGUUACAGCUGGUUACCGCAGUAAUCCGGCAGCGAAUGAGGCGGCGUUUGCGUUCGGGUGGUUCCACACGGGGGACGAGGGGAAGCGGGACGAGGAGGGGUACUUGUUCCUGACGGGGCGGCUGAAGGAGCUGAUCAACCGCGGCGGGGAGAAGAUCUCGCCGCUGGAGGUGGAUGCUGCCCUGCUGGCCGUCAAGGGGGUGGCGGAGGCCGUUGCUUUCUCUGCGCCUGACGCCCACUAUGGGGAAGAGGUGAAUGCAGCAGUGGUGUUGGAGCCAGGUGUUUCCCUCACCCAGGAGGAGGUGCAGGGGCACCUGAAGAAUCACCUGGCGGCGUUCAAGCUGCCGAAGCGCGUUUUCUUUGUUGACCAGCUCCCCCGCACCGCCACCGGCAAGAUCCAGCGCCGCUUCGUGGCGCAGGCCAUGCUGGCUGGCGAGGGCACUCCUGCUGCUGCUCCUGCUGCUCCUGCUGCGGCUGCUGCUGCCGCUGCUACAGCCCCCUCCCCAACCCCGUCCGCCUCCUCCACCACCCUAGACUCCCCAUCUCUCAUCGCCCUCUCCCUCGCUCGCCUGGGCAUCACGCACCUGUUCGGCGUCAUCGGGAUUCCAGUCACCGCCAUCGCCACAGCAGCGCAGCAGCAAGGCAUCCACUUCCUCUCCUUCCGCAAUGAGCAGGCAGCCGGCUAUGCCGCUGCCGCCUACGGCUACCUCACAGGAACACCAGGGGUGCUGCUUACUGUGUCUGGCCCCGGGUGCGUGCAUGCUCUAGCAGGGGUGAGCCACGCUCAAGUGAACACCUGGCCGCUGCUGUUACUCUCAGGGUCUUGCACCCAGGGGGAUAUAGGCCAGGGGGAUUUUCAGGAGUUGGAUCAGGUGGGGGUGGUGAGACCCUUUGUGAAGGAAUCUGGGCGGGCGAAGACGAUUGGGGAGAUCCCAGGGGUGGUGAAACGGGCGGCGGAAGCGACGGUGGCCGGGCGGCCUGGUGCUGCGUAUGUGGACCUCCCGGCCGACGUGCUGCACGAGAUUAUUACCGAGGAAGAUGCGAGGAAGCUUCUCGAGGGCGUGAAGCCUCUGGUUCCUCUAUGGAGAACCGCUUUGGACCCCUCCGUACCGCUUGCAUCAAACCUUGAGUCGAAUCUUACAGAGGCGAUUGCACUCUUGAGAGGGGCUAAGGCGCCCCUGCUGGUGGUUGGGAAGGGAGCAGCAUAUGCACAUGCAGAGAAAGAGAUAGUGGCACUGGUUGAAGCUUCAGGCAUCCCUUUCCUCCCCACCCCUAUGGGGAAGGGCGUCUUGCCCGACUCGCACCCCCUCUGUGUCUCUGCGGCUCGCUCAUUGGCUCUCGCUCAAGCUGACGUGGCACUUGUGGUUGGCGCACGCCUGAACUGGAUCCUGCAUUUCGGCCAGCCACCUAAGUGGGCGGCAGGAGUGAAGUUUGUCCUGGUGGAUGUGGACGAAAGCGAGGUGGUGCUGAGGCGGCCGGUGGUGGGGCUGGUGGGCGACGCCAGGGCGGUGGUUGGGCGGCUUGCUGCGCGGUGGGCGGCAGAAGGAGGGCAGAAGCUUCCGACAGACAAUCCCUGGGUGGAAAAGCUAAAGGCCAAGGCAUCAGUCAACACUGCCAAGAUGGAGUCCCUCUUGUCUCAAGACGCCUCCCCCCUCAACUUCCACUGCUCUCUGCGCGUGCUGCGCGACAAGCUAGCUGCCCUGCCCCCCUCUGUCUCGACGAUUCUCUGCUCCGAGGGUGCCAACACCAUGGACAUGGGCCGCACCGUGCUGCCCCAGUCCGCCCCGCGCUCCAGGCUGGACGCAGCCACGUGGGGCACCAUGGGCGUGGGGCUGGGGUAUGCUGUUGCUGCUGCUGUGGCGCCGUUGUCUGGGAGUGGGGAGAGUGGCAGUGGGGGGAGUGGCGAGCGGCUGGUGGUGGCGCUGGAGGGGGACAGCGCGUUUGGGUUCAGCGGCAUGGAGGUGGAGGUGACACUGCUCAGUGGGGGUGAGCGGCUGGUGGUGGCGCUGGAGGGGGACAGCGCGUUUGGGUUCAGCGGCAUGGAGGUGGAGACAAUGGUGCGCUACAACCUGCCCAUAGUCGUCAUAGUGAUGAACAACGGCGGCAUCUACGGCGGCGAUCGCAGGGGGCCUGUGGAGCUCCCAGAAACAACCCGCAGCGACCCGGUCCCCACGUCCUUUGUGGAGGGGGCUCGGUACGACCGCAUGAUGGAGGCGUUCGGCGGACAGGGUUACCACGUUACCACCGUGCGCGAGCUGGAAGGGGCGCUUGAGAGGGCGUUUGCGGAGCGGAGGCCUGCGCUGGUGAAUGUGGUGAUCGACCCCAUGGCAGGCGCUGAGAGCGGCCGUCUUACGCACAAGAAUUAGCUUUGAGGGUCGAGGUAUCAUUCGCAGUUACGCAGUUACACAGUUGCACCAGGAGCGCAGCCUGGUCUGUUGUGUGAGCAUUGUGGUGCCAGUCUGUACAGCUAUAUUACUAUUGCAUUUGUGAACUUGUGAAUGUUUUCAGGGCAGCAACAGGUAUUGAUUCAGUGUGGAGGAAAUA